UCUCUCGCUUCCGGCUUCUUCCUUCUCCAAGCUCACGGAAGAAAUGAAAUCAUCAACAAAAUGAAUCGAAUUUAAAGUCGAAAAGGAUCAAAUUAAGUGUCGCUCUCACUUCUGACGGGAUUUUUGUUCGCAUCACUUGCCGUCUAGGGUCUCAUUUGACCGUGUAGAACCACCGAGUAUCUGCCGGUAGCUAACUGUUGUGGAUUAUUAGGUGUAAAGCCUUUCGCAACCAUGAUGGCGUCAAGCUACAACGCUAAGGACGAGGAUGGACACCACUCGGGCUCUGUGAGCCACGGAGGAGCAGGGACUGCUAAAAGUAAAAAACCAGACAACACAGCGUUCAAACAGCAGAGACUACCAGCCUGGCAGCCGAUUCUAACGGCUGGCACCGUGCUGCCCGCCUUCUUCGUUAUCGGUCUCAUCUUCAUCCCCAUCGGUAUCGGCUUGUAUGUGACUUCCAACAACAUUAAAGAGUUCGAGAUCGAUUACACCGGUGUGAAUGUGGACAGCCCAUGUUACACGUGCGCCAACAACUUCAGCUGGAACAGCACCACGUCGUGCUCCUGCACUGUGAACUUCACGUUGGAGCAGCCGUUUGAGAACAACGUCUACAUGUACUACGGCUUGUCCAACUUCUACCAGAACCACAGGCGCUAUGUGAAGUCCAGAGACGACAGACAGUUGAACGGUGAUGCGACUGCUUUAAAGGAUCCCAGCAACGAUUGUGAGCCUUACCGUAAGAUUGGAGUAGAGACCAUUGCACCGUGUGGAGCCAUUGCUAACAGCCUUUUCAACGACUCUCUGGAGCUGUAUUACGUAGAACCCAGCGGUGCCCUAAAUGCAGUCCCUCUGGCGAAGAAAGGGAUCGCCUGGUGGACGGACAGGAACGUGAAGUUCAGGAAUCCCGCUGGGGUCGACCUACCUACGGCUUUCAAAGGCACCGCCAAGCCGGUGAACUGGAGGAAGCCGGUGUAUGAGCUGGACCCGUCCGAUCCUGAUAACAACGGGUUUAUCAACGAAGACUUCAUCGUGUGGAUGCGCACGGCUGCUCUGCCCACCUUCCGGAAGCUCUACCGCAUCAUCCACAAGAACCAGAGCAGCACCUCUACUCUACCCAGUGGGAGAUACGUCUUGAACAUCACCUACAAUUACCCCGUGCUCAGCUUCGACGGACGAAAGCGAAUGAUCCUGAGCACCAUCUCCUGGAUGGGAGGGAAGAACCCCUUCUUGGGCAUCGCCUACAUCACCGUGGGCUCCAUCUGCUUCUUCCUGGGUGUUGUUCUGCUCAUCAUCCACCAUAAGUACGACACCCGCAGCAACAGCGCAGAUAUCCCAAACUGAGUAGCUCCCGCGCCGUUCCCUCGUCUCUGCAUGCGCCGCUGGCCCUUAAGGGCCCCCUGGACUGCUGGUUUGUUUCGUUUGGUUGCACUGUGAAUAUUUGUGGCGUGAUCAGAGAAUGGCAAACGUGUUUCUAAGCCUCUGAUGUUUAUGUCGUGUGUUUCUGUGCAUUUAGCAUCAGGCCAUCUGAUGAUGAAGUCUACUUUUGUUUCAUUUACACUUUAUUUAUCUUUUCAUAAUAAAAGUGCCCCCGUGUUUUGUUUUAGCGAGGCCUUGCUAACGGCUUAUUUUGAAGGAUGUAUCUAUUCUUCAGUGCAAAUGUUAAUGUUCCACGUUGUAUUCUGGGACGCGUCCUGCUGAUGAAUGUAACCCGUGGGCUCUGGCUUUUAGGAUGAUCUGACAGAAUAGUUGUUGCUCGUGUGCCGGUGAUGGUAAACAUUGAUGUCUAACAGAUUAUUUAAUCCUAAAACAGACACAUAUCUAUCCUGCUCGCAGACCGAUCUUCCAACAUUUACUUAUUUAAAUUUGUAUCGAUUACAAAUUACUGUUAAAUUCAGUAUUCCUAAUUCCAGAACGUUUGCAGCAUCUCUCUGGCUGAUUGCAGCACAAAAAUAUAAAACUUAUAGAUUCAUCUGAUUUUUAAAUAAUCUACAAAAAUCUUUUAACACAGACCAAAUGUUAUGCACUUUACUAGAGUCACGGUAUUCAGUUAGUUAGUUUAGCCCAUUCUGUAAUGUUGUUUUCAUGAAUUAUUGAUACCAGUAGAUUAUUUAAAUGAGAGGUUCUUGGGUUUUAUAAGGUUUCUAGGGUCCAAAUAAAGAGCUUGGUCUUUA